AUGUCCGAGUGGAGACCAGCGAUGAGCGGCAUUCCUCAGGGGUCGGUACUGGGACCAGCACCGUUUAAUGGCUUUGUCGGGGAUGCGGGCAGUGGGAUUGAGCGCACCCUCAGCAAGUUUGCCAACGACGCCAAGCUGAGCGGUGCGGUCCAUGCGCUGGAGGGAAGGGAUGCCAUCCAGAGGGACCUCGGCAGGCUCGAGAGGUGGGCCCGUGUGUACCUCAUGGAGUUCAACUGCAAGGUCCUGCACAUGGGGGGGGCUGCGCCUCUGUGUGAGCAGGCAGCUUUGGUGCUGUGCCCCGGCCAGGUGCGGAGCCCACGGGGCUCUGGGGAAGACAGAGAUGCUGUGCUGGCUCUUGAUGCAGGGAAGCCAAAGGGUCCGGCCAGGAAAAUUUCGAGCUUGUUUGGGCUGUGGUUUGUCUGUUCUGCAGCCAGGCAGGAGCCCCGCCGGACCCUCAGCCCUUCCCUGGGUGGGUGGCAGUGGGCAGCACUGAGGCUGGGCCUGAUCCUGCCCCAGCCAUCUGGCUGCAAACCCCAAAUAACCCAUGCGGAGCCACCAGCUUUUUCGGGAUUUAAACCUUGCCAGCGGAGCUUGGCCCUGGAGAGCCACGAUCCGUCCUGGUGUUUUCCAGGUUACCGACUGUCCUCCCGUGACCUCAGGAAGUGGAAGUUUCCCAGCAGCAGGAAUACAACCACAAGCUUUAAAAAUAACCUGCUUCGCUUUCAAUGCUCCUUACAAAAUAGGCCAUGUUCCUUCUAUUUAAUCCCCGGGCACGAGGCGAAAAUCAUUCGACAGGAAAACACGGCAGACGCUUCCAAGGGGGCCCUCGGUGGAUGCCACCGGCUUCCCUGCAAACCUCCAUCCCUUGCUGGGGGGUUUUUAGGACUCCAGGCUGGGGAAAAUUUGAGCAAGAGCCCAGAAUUUGGUCCAUUACCUCCAAAUGUCGCUCGGCAGCUUGCUGGGCUCAAAACAGGCCUGGCGAGGGAGACGGCUUACGAAAACCGUGAUGCACCUCGGAAAAGGCACUUUAUUCUGUUUACUUCUGCCGUACUGGAGUAUACAGUGGAAAACCGUGCUGGCUCCGGUUCCCCGCUCUCCUUUCCGGUUUCGCGCUGCCCAGGUGAGCGCCUGCCGUCCCUCCCCGCUGAGGGCAUCCUACCUGUUGUGCAAUCCCCCUGGGGCUCGGUGCAAUCUGCUUUAUGA